GCAGAACGACAGGUGGUCGGCGACUAGACCCAUCCGUUUAUUCCGAACAUCGACUUCUGUGGCUCAUCAUCAGCCACUUUCGUAUCCAAGUGAGAACAACAUGCAGUGCUUUGUGUUGAAGUGGUCGUGGUGACAUGGCGUCUGUGUUUUAAAAUUCUAGAAAGUGAUAAAAAGUUUACGAAUCACAAUGAGUGUGGAUUAUGAUAGUGUUUGUAGACUGUGCUUAGCAUCCGAACGCGAAUUACUGCCGAUAUUUCCUACCACCAGUUCGGAUGACUCGGAACCCCUCGUCCUCGCUUCGAAAAUCAAAGAUUGCGUGUCCAUACAGAUCGAGGAGAAUGACGAUCUACCGAGUAAUAUUUGCAAGAAAUGCAGUGAUAAUGUUAGUAACUGGGAGAUAUUCAAGGGAGUUUGUGAAAGAACACAAAAUAAGCUUCUACAAUUGAGCAACAAAAAGGGCAGCAGCCAACUGGAAGAGUUGAAUGUGAAAAGAGAGCCAUAUGCAGAUGAAGCCUAUGACGAUGGAGUGGUCAUAGACGGCUCGUAUCCGGAGAGUGAGAGUGCUGAUGGGCCAAACAAACUGCAACCCGAAGGUCCACCCAUACUUACUUCUUUGGGAUUGACGCCGAGGAGUGAUAAGGGUGUGGACAGCGAUAAGGACGAUUACGAGGACGGCGAGGACCAAGACGAGCCCGCUGAUGAUGAUCAUGACGAGGAGGAGGCGAAGGAGCGGAAACCGUACUCCGAAAUACCCAACAUGCCCGAAGUCUCCAUCACCGUCAUGCGACCCACGGGGGAGACGCUGCACGCGAGGCAGGGAAUCCAGCAGCUCGCCUCCAAGGACUGCCUCGUCUGUGGCCGCAGCUACAGGUACUCCCACAACGCCCGCCGGCACGAGCUCGGAGCCCACAACUUCGACCGAUACACCAACAACCACCUCGCCAGGAAGUCCACCAUGCAGCCCAAGCUCCGACCCAACCCCUUCAACCCCAAGGCGCGACUCAUGCCCAACCCUAUCAGCCACAAAAUCCAGUACAUGAACAUGAGCAUGGGCAAGCCCCUGCAGAAGAAGUUCAUGCCCCAAAAAAUGGUCGCCUGCCCGAAACCGAUCCCGAUAAAGAACGCCAAAUCGAACCAAACUAAUCUGCCGUACCCUCUCCGCAUCAAGGCGCUGAAGGACCUCCAGAUUAAGAAGAAGGAACCUCAAAUCCUGAAGACGCUUCUGACGUCGAAACCGGAGGUUUUGGUGUCGGAACCGGAAAUAAUGAAUUCCGGCCCCGAGAGUCCGGAGACGCUGAUAUCCGAGCCAGAGAUAGCGUCUUUUGCGGUCGAGACGAUCCUGUCCGAGCCGGACGGGGACGCCCAGCAGAACGACGACUACGACGGCGAGGAACAGAACAAGCGCGGCCAUAACUACGACACCGUGGACAUGGACUCCGAGAACGAGAUAGAAAUAGCGCGGCAGCGGGCCGACGUCGACUACGACGAGGAGCACAAGGAGGAGGGCGACAAGGAGUUCAAUGAAAAUGACGAUUCCGACAAAAACAGCGCGGGUGACAACGCGGCCGAUACGACCGACACUAAACACGAGGAGGACGGCGGUGACGGCGGCGAGAAGGCCAACGACGAGAUGACGGAGAACAAGGACGGCCAGGACGCCAACGACGACGACGACGACGACGAGGAGAUGCCCCCCAUCGCGCCCGUCGUUGAAAUCAACGAGGAGAUGAACGACUCCUUCAACAAUGACGAGAACGACAAUGACGACGACUACCUCGACGAUACCGUCGACCCCAACGACGCCGCCGACCUCGACACCGCCGCCCCCAAAGUGCUCGACCCUGAUAAGGUUUACGUGACGAAAACCCAGAGAGAUUUUAUAGUCAAAUAUCGCGAUAUAAUUCAGCAGAUCAACACGAUGACCUGCCUGUGCUGCAACAGGCAGCACCCCCGGCGGAAGGCGGUCAUCCAGCACCUCCAGAAGAACGGCCACAAGGUCCCCAAGCACACCUGCUACAACUGCGUCGUCACGUUCGGCCACAUCGGCGCCCUGCUGAGCCACAUGCGGGCCAACUGCUGCACCGACCUGUGGAAGAUCAUCUACGACGAGAACGGCAUAACCGACGACCGGGUGAUCGAGGACGAGCCGAAGGACAACAAGGUCGCGUACAAGGACAUCUUCAACGCGAGGUCGUACGCCUGCAAGCUCUGCCCGGCCAAGUUCCAGCUGAAGCAGUUCAUCAUGAAGCACGUCCUGGACGUCCACGAGGAUGGCCAGUCGCGCGUGCAGCUGGCGUGCGUGCACUGUCGUUCGAGGUUCAAGGACAAGGCGCUGUGGAAGAAGCACAUCCGGAACGGCGAGUGCACGGUGUACAUCGCGUGCGACUUGUGCACCGAGACCUUCAUCACCAUGCAGGAGUUCAACGACCACGCGCUCGCCGUACACGCCGGCCAAUUCGACCCCGACAGCCAGAACAAGUGCGUCGACGGCCGCCCCACCGACUGCCCCCUAUGCGGGAAGAAGAACAGCGGCUACCCCAACCUCGUGAAGCACCUGAAGAUCAUCCACGACGAGGAGCGGCCGCACUACUGCCAGCACUGCGACUCCAAGUUCAAGGAAGCCGGCGACCUCAACAAGCACAUCUACAUGGAGCACUCCGACCGCUCUAUCAGGAGCGCCGAGCCCGACAUGUCCGUUGUCAAGGAGGAGGCGGAGGAGUACCACUACUCGUGCACCGAGUGCGACGCGAUAUUCGAGACCGUGGACGCUUGGACCGACCACCAGGUUGCCGAGCACGACCAGAUCGCGCACCACUGCGACCAGUGCGAGAAGAAGUUCCUCCGGCCGUCCGAACUCGCCGAGCACAAGAACACGCACCUGCGCGUCAAGUUUUACCCGUGCUCGAUCUGCGCCAACUCGUACAGCACGGCUGCCAAGCUGGCCGAGCAUGCGCAGCAGGCGCACCCCGGCGCCGCCCCCGCCACUGCCCCCGGCGAGAACGUCUUCCACUGCGACGUCUGCGUGCGUGGCUUCAAGAGCCGCCAGGCCUACUCCAACCACAUGCGCAUCCACUCAAAGCUCCCCCAGACGAAUAGGCGCGCGGACCGGCGGAGCUUCGCCCCGCACAUCGUCGGCAAGCCGAUCCUCCAGUACCCGCUGAUGCAGCAGGGGUUCAGGUCGAACCUCUCCGUCCCCAAUGCGCCCUACUCGUGCGACAUCUGCGGCAAGGGCUUCAUGCAUAAGAAAAACAUCUGGAAGCACAAGAAGGUGCUGCACGCCGACGUCGUCGCCGACCGCAACGACAGCGAGGAGAACACCAUGCACGCGUCCACCGAGGAGGACGAGUACAACGGGGACGAGAACGGCGCGCUCUCGACGCCGCAGUUCGACAGCUUCGACUUCGGCAGCCCGCCCGCCGCCGCUCCGCCCCGCCCCGCCGCGCCCCGCGCCGCCCCGCCGCCCGACGCCAUGCAGUUCGCCUGCGACCUGUGCUCCAAGCGGUUCCCCCAGCGCACGAGCCUGUGGAAGCACAAGCGCGCGAAGCAUGGCAUCAUCAACGCCUCCGCCAUCGGCACCGCCGAUGUCCAGCCCGUCGGCGGCGAGGGCGGCGCCGGCGGCCGCUCCAGCUGCACCAUCUGCCGGAUCACCUUCGCCGAUAAGAAGUCCUACUACCGGCACAGGAAGAACGUGCACAAGUCCACCGUGCAGAUGUGCAAGCUGUGCGGGCGGGCGCUCAACUCGACGCUCGAGCUGUACGAGCACCUCAAGGCGGCGCACUCUCGGGAGCUGCUGGGCGACACCGCCCCGCCGCCGGCCGCCGAGCGCGAGGACGAGGAGGCGGAGGACGAGCGGGAGCCCGUGCGCGCCGGCCCCGCCGACUACCAGGCCCACUACACCUGCGACACCUGCGGCAAGCGCUUCGUCGGCCUGCUCGCGCUGCAGAACCACCGGUGCGUCUCGGCCGUGCAGCAGCAGCCGCAGACGUUCGACUGCGAGAUCUGCCAGAAGAGCUACGUCUCCAUCGCGGCGCUCAAGAGCCACCGCGGCUGGCACCUGCGCUCGCCGGAUGGCAAGGCGGCCGCCACAAACUCCGGCCUAUGGAUGCCGCACAACAAGGUCACCAGCAAGGUGAGCAAGUUCGAGGUGGUGGACCCGGGGGUGCGGGCGGCGGGCUCGCCGGCCGGCCCCGCCGCGUUCGCCAAGCGUCGCCUGCCGCCCGAGGUCGAGGUCACCGUCGUCAACCCUAACAAGCGCAUGCGGCCCGACGACGCCGCCGAGGCCCCCGCGCCCGGCGCUCCCGGCGGCGACGACCGCUACUGCAACAUCUGCGACAAGGAAUUCACCAAGCGCGCCGCGUACCAGCGGCACAUGGACGAGGUGCACCAGCCCAACUCGGUGUUCUGUCCCGUGUGCGACCGCAGCUUCACACGCAAGUCGACGCUCAUCGUGCACAUGAGGAAGCACUACGAGACGGAGGAGGGCGGCGCGGCGGGCGGCGGGGAGGACGACGACGAGGCGGAGCCGGAGGCGCAUCGCGAGCACGACGACGAGUCCGGGGACUCGGGGGAGGAGGGCGGGCGCGCGAUGCCGCCGGGCGAGUUCACGUGCGCGCAGUGCGGCGACGGCGUGGCCAGCCCGCGCGACCUCAUCGCGCACCGCGCCAUGCACGCGACGCCCACCAAGUUCUUCUGCAACAUCUGCAAGGUGUACUUCGCGCGGGCGUUGGACCUGUCCACGCACACGCGCGCGCGCCACGCCGACAACGACAAGGUGUUCUUCCCGUGCGCGAUGUGCGACCGCUUCUACAUGAACAAGAAGAGCCUGCAGCGGCACAUCGAGACCUCGCACUGAUGCCAGGGGCGGACCGGAGACCCCGCGUCGGCCGAUUGAUGUAAAUAAAGUGUUGCGACGUCGUCAUUCCUCGGCCGCGGGUCGUCUCUCCUCGAUCUUUGCUCAGACGUUAUGUUAUUUAUUUUUUAAUGUAGCAUGUAAUGUUACUGCAGUACUUUUCUACCGUCGGAGCGUCGGGUGCCGGACCGACCGGCGUCGCGAACGAGUAGCGACGAAGAUUUUGUCUAUUAAAGUGUAAAAAUAUUGGAAUCGGGCCAAAAUUUUAAUUAGUCAAUAGUGAUACGAUGUUAUUAUGCUAGUGUAAUUUAAUUUUUUUUCCAUGUUUUAAUGCGUUUUGGAGUUCGAACUUUGGUUUUAUGUAGGAACUUCAAUUAUACUAUGGUGUACAUAAAUUUGACUCCUACAUAGCGUAGAAAGGAGAUCGUUUGAGUUUUAAAAGUACUGAUUAUUUUAGUAUGUAAACUUAAUUGUAUAUUUUAUACGGGCGGUCGCCACGGAAAACCCUCAUCUAUGGUGGUAAGGCCUAAAACGUUUUUAAUUUUUAUCGUAUGCCAAUGAAUAUGUUUUACUCCGUCAAUACAUGUAGUUUUUAAAUGGUACAAGUUACGACAUACUUAAAUAUUCAAUUUGCAGAUUGCAUCUCAUUAUUUACUGUAUUUUAAAUGACAUUUGUUGUGUUCAAGUCAGCCUCGCUAUAUUUUUAAUUACGAUAUCAAAUCAAGUAACUUAUUUGUUUUACAGAUCUCUAUUUAAAAUAGCAUGUAUAGUGCAUGCUAUUUACUAUACAAUACAUUGUUGUAGCGUUUUCAAGACGGCAAAAUACAUUUCUAAAUGUGCCUCCCACUGUGACUUUAAAAUUAUUGUAUACAAGUCUGAGUUAAUUAUGUAUUAUAUUACUGUUUUGUAAUAUAACAUUGAUAAAUUAUAUCGUUAAGAAUUUCGUUGCCAUACUCUUCAGAUUGUGAGAAAUCUUUUUCAAAUAAAUCAUAAACAUAUGCCAGUGAAUAUAAAAUAGUUCUGUCAUGCAAACAUGGAAACUUUUACAAUCAAAAUGAGUUAAGUAUAUAAUAUGUUUAAACAUAUUUUAAAUUUCUGCUGGUUAAUUAUUUAUCUGUUUGUAUACAAAUUGAUUUGAAAAAAAGAAGAACAGACAGGUAAAUUUUUUAUUAUUAAUAAGAAGAUUGUUCUUCAGAGUAUGAACUAUAGCCCGGUCGCCGAAGAGGCAGACAUUCGGCCAUUGCCCUACCACUACUUUUCUCUUUAUCUCGAGCUCAAAAAUAUUGUAAAUGCACGCCUGAUGAAACGGUAUAGCAUGUACUAUUCGUAUGUGAUUUGUGACCGAAAGAGACAAGUAGCGAUAGAUCAUCGCCCGGAUUUCUCCAUCAUCUGCGUCCCUACUAUAUUGAACGAGUUGGAUUUAAAAAUUAAAAUAGUUAAAUGUCAACAUAAAUUAUAUUAUAAAAAUUGGUUUAAGUCU